UCAAAUACCAAAGAGCCUAAACCCUCACCCUCACUAGCUAAGCUGUAUUACUUUCACAGAGAGACCGAGAGAGAUGGAGUUCGAGAAGAGAAAAGCAUCCACACUUGCAGAAAUGGCUUCGACUGAGAUCGACAAAUCACCCAAAGGAACAAUAGACGAACCUAUAAUUCCACUUCUCAAAACCCUAAAUUUGCACCCUUCUUACUUCAGUACCAGUUCUUGUUCUGGUCGUAUUUCAAUUCUCUCACAACCUCCUCCCAGCAUUACCAACACCAGUAAGAAGAAAGCUAAAGGGGGUUCAUGGAUUCUAAUUUCCCAUGAACCAGUUGAUCCUGACUCAGUUAUUAACCUUCUCUUCCCAGACUCAACAACCAUUCAGACUACUCAAGAAGAAGGUGAACUUGUUUUCAGGUUUGAGCCUUUUAUACUUGCUGUUGAAUGUAAAGAUAUAUCAUCAGCUCAAUCACUUGUUUCAACGGCGAUAUCUUGUGGAUUUAGAGAAUCAGGUAUUACUAGUGUUCAAAAACGUGUGAUUAUUGCUAUUAGAUGUUCAAUUAGGUUAGAAGUUCCUAUAGGUUCAAUUGGGAAGAUAUUAGUUUCUCCUGAUUAUGUUAGGUUUCUUGUUAAGACUGCUAAUGAUAAAAUGGAACUUAAUAGAAAGAGAACUGAUGGGUUUUUACUGGUGUUGGAGAGCAAGUUUUUGUGUAAUCGAGAUUGUGGGAAUGAAGAUGAAGAGAUGAUGGAUAAUUGCCAGGAAAGGAAUUCUGAGAAUUUUGAGUUGGCUGAAUCCAUAGUUGAUGGUGGUGCCAAUUCUGGGGAAGCAGGACUUGAUGAUCAUUCAGGAUUACCGAGAGAUACUCCUUGCAGCAUUUCUGUUUCCAAGAUGACAAUUACUGGAGAACCAGUUGACAAGCUUUUUGUAUGGGGUCACUCCAUGUGUGCUCUAAAUAACAUACACCUGAAUGAAGUUCUGGUAUUUGGUGGUUUUGGUGGUGUAGGAAGACAUGCUCGAAGAAACGAUACUCUAAUUCUGGAUACCCAAACUGGUAAUUUGAAGGCAAUAAACAUUGAUGGAUCUCCUUCUCCACGCUUGGGUCACACAUCUUUGGUAGUUGGGGAAUGUAUUUUUGUUAUUGGAGGAAGGGAAGAUCCUACAAAAAUUCUUGAUGAGGUGUGGGUCUUAAAUACAGCUAAGAGCGAAUGGAGAUUGCUGGAGUGUACAGGCAGUACGUUCCAUCCUAGGCACCGUCAUGCAGCUGCAGUUGUAGGUUCAAACAUAUAUGUAUUUGGUGGUCUUAACAAUGAAACAAUAUAUUCUUCCAUGCAUGUUUUGGAUGUGGAAAAACUGCAGUGGAGUGAGGUAAGCAUCCAGGGGGAACUACCAUCUGCUCGUCAUUCCCAUUCAAUGGUCUCAAAUGGGUUUCAGUUGUUAAUGUUUGGUGGAUAUGAUGGUGAAAAAGCAUUAGGAGACCUUUACAGUUUUGACACUAAAACAAGCAUGUGGAUGAAGAAGAAGACAGCAGGGAGAACCCCAUCACCCAGGUUCUCUCAUUCUAUGUUUGUCUAUAAGCAUUUUCUUGGCAUUGUUGGGGGAUGUCCUGUCAAGCAACAUUUUGAAGAGGUCGCACUACUUGAUUUGCAUCUUGGUUUAUGGAAGCAUGUGACACUGAAUUCUGUCGGCAAGGACCUCCUUGUUCGUAGUACAGUUAAUGUUGUCGGUGAUGAUCUUGUUAUCGUCGGUGGUGGGGCAUCAUGUUAUGCAUUUGGGACAAAGUUUAGUGAGCCAAUGAAAAUGAGCUUGCUACCAUUUACAUCUUCACAUGGUAGUAUUAUGAGUUCCGAUACAGAGCAAUACCGUGUGAAACAAGGGAAUAAAGUAGUAACAGAGAGUAAUAACAGUAACCCACUAGGCACAAGUAGUGAUGUACAGAUUUCGGACAAAGCUUCUAAUUUAAUCGACAAUGCUGAAGCACACGCUAGUUCUAAACACUGGGUUCUUCAGCUCGAAAGAAAAUAUGCUAAGUUAGCGAAGGACAUGGUAAAAAAGUUUGGGUGGCUAGAUCUUGGAAGAAAGGUUUAUUCUUGUGAAGAUGGCCUUCAUAUUUGUUUACCUGUUACUAUAAAGUUCUAUACUUUAUUUGUUAACAAAAGAAAGCAGGCUUUGAUAGAUGGAAUUGAUUUUAUUGAUGGCGUUCAUCCUUCGGAACCAGCUAAGGAUGAGAGGAUAUCCAUAAAUGAUGUUUCUUGUCCAGCUGCAUUAAAUCUUCUGUUGGUAUAUGGUGGCUCUAUAGUUAUAGAUGAAGUAGCUAGUAUCCGAAAAACACCAAAAUCUCCCCAGAAGAUAAUGGUUGAAGCUGUUGGUUCUUUGAUAAAUCACAGGGGGUUACCAGAGAACUUGCUGGAGCAGAUACCUACAAGAUGGGAACGACUGGGGGAUAUUGUGGUACUUCCAGUUACAUCAUUCAAGGAUCAACUGUGGGAGUCACUGGGGGAGGAGCUUUGGCUUACAAUUGCUAAAGCAAUUGGUACACGUCGCCUUGCUCGUCAAGGUCGAAUUGUUCUAACUGGAACAAGGGAUAGUACUUUGGAGAUCCUUGUGGGAGACAGUGGUUGGGUAGAUCAUCGUGAAAACGGAAUCCUGUAUUCUUUUGAUGUGACUAAGUGCAUGUUUUCGUGGGGAAAUCUUUCGGAGAAGCUUCGUGUGGCUCGUCUGGACUGCAAGGAUGAAGUUAUUGUGGACCUGUUUGCUGGAAUUGGAUACUUUGUGCUGCCAUUUCUCGUUGGAGCCAAGGCAAAACAGGUUUAUGCCUGCGAGUGGAAUCCCCAUGCUAUUGAAGCCCUACGGCGUAAUGUUCAAUUAAAUUCAGUGGCCGAUCGGUGUAUCAUACUCGAGGGAGAUAACCAGGUCACAACACCUAAAAGGGUUGCUGACCGUGUCAGUCUUGGUUUACUGCCUACUAGUGAGGCGAGUUGGAUUACUGCUGUUAGGGCAUUGAGGAUCGAAGGAGGGAUGUUGCAUGUCCAUGGGAAUGUGAAGGAUUCGGAGGAGACUUCUUGGUCAGAAUACGUAGCAAAGUCAAUUAGUGACAUUGGUAUUUCCGAAGGUAACCAUUGGAAGGUUUCAGUGCAACACAUCGAGAGAGUGAAAUGGUAUGGACCUCACAUCCGCCAUCUUGUUGCAGAUGUAAGAUGUACACAACUUCAGAUGUAGGAUGAAGCUUUGCCUCUUGUAAUAUCAGAAAAUUUUGAUCUUUUUUGUUGCAACAACUUCUGAAUUUACUCGUAGAAUAUCCUUCAUAACCAAGGAUACGACCCAUCUUUAGGAUUGUUGUUUCCAGGGUCCAAGAAAAUGAUAAUGUUUUUAGGGAAACAAAAAGAGUUGUUAUAAUGCUUGUGAUCACUAAUUAAGUAGCGACUCUUAAAUGUUAGGUUUGGAUUAGUUGGAUGUGCAGAAAGAGUUUGUUUGAGAGUCACAUUUGCAGCCAGAUCCACAGAUCAGCAAAUUAUUGAAAUAGUUUCUUUCACGUUUCCAAUUUGGUUAACAGUGAAAGGUCACGAUCCAGCGUGGUCCACCUUUGGAUUUUAGCUUUCUCAGGGCUAUCCUUUCAACAAUCCAGACUCUAAACUGAUUAUAUCACUAUCUGUACGUUUCUUUUCUUCUAUUUUGUGCUAAUAAUUUAA